AGUGGGCUGGACUGAAUAUCUCAGAACUUCACAGGCAAGAGUUAAACACCGUUGAAAUGUUUUCCAGCUAGUCAUGCAACACAUCCACGCUCAGCUGGACUAAGUUCUAGGACUUUACGGCACGACAACCUCACAACUAUUACAGCUAUUCAAGGCUGUGUGUUGAAUGAAUUGGAGGUCACACAAACAGAAACGCAAACGCCAUGAAUUCCCAGGGCAGCUUUGGCAGCAGCUUCAUGUUUCAGUCCAUCAAUGACGAACUGAAUGCGUCUUUGGCCACAGCAGAUGAGCUGUCACGCGAAUUCAGCUCUCUCCUGUCGGAAGCCACUCCUGCCGUACAAACUACUACUUCAGAGAGUUUUGGUCCCAAACCCCAGAGCAGCAGCAAUGGCAAUGGCAGUUUGUACAGCGCAAACAAGAAUGGAAAGGAGAGUACAAGCUUCUCCUUUUCCCAGAGCUCCACAAGCAGCCUAAGCUCAGAGCCCGCCAUCAGCAGGAAAGAAUCCAACCUGGACCUUCCUUCUGCUGUCACUAUUCGAUCCUCAUCUCCUUCAUCUCAACUAGACAGUAUGAAAUUUCUGCCUUCAUCUCCUAGUCCUUUAACCCAGCAGCAUUCCCCUUUUACAAACCGUAAAGACAGCUCGGAUUCACGAUAUUCCUUCGACCAAAAGACUCCCCCUAACAUGUCUCCGAAUACAAUGAGACGAAUGGCGCAGAUGCCGCUGAGGCCUCAAGAUCGAAGCACGAGAGGAUCGUUGAGCUAUGGGGAGCUCUCCAGCCCUACCUUUGACAACAAAACAUCUCGCAGCUUGCUGCAGCCCUCAGCUAGUCCCUUGUCAUCGAUUCCCAGGUCUCCAAGGUUGGAUCGAGCACCUUCUCCUCAGCCUUUAAGUCAACCAGCAGCCAGUACACUACCACGCAACUUCCAGCCAUUCAGACUCUUGGAUGAAAGAAUGCAGAUGCAGAAGAACCCCUCCAAGUGGAACGAGACCGACCUGGAUGCAUACGAAAGAAAGCCUCACCACACCUAUGAUAAGAAUGAAUGGAUCAGACCGUCUGUACCCAACAGCAACUGGAAAGAAUCGAACCUGGACGCACAUCCUUCCGCUAAGAAGGUAUGCAGACUUUGUGUUGUGCAUAAACGUGCUUAUGAAAGAAUGCAGAUGCAGAAGAACCCCUCCAAGUGGAACGAGACCGACCUGGAUGCAUACGAAAGAAAGCCUCACCACACCUAUGAUAAGAAUGAAUGGAUCAGACCGUCUGUACCCAACAGCAACUGGAAAGAAUCGAACCUGGACGCACAUCCUUCCGCUAAGAAGGAUACUGUGCCCCGUUCACUCCCCUCAUCUCACAGCUCGCUCCCGAGGAACACUCGUAUCUCGGUGCCCCCUGAACUCGCCUCGAGCACCAGCUCAACUUAUGGCCCUCAGUCAAUCAUUUCCCGUAUUCCCAUUCCACCUGCAAGCUCUGGAGUCCAUCAGCACAGGCCGAUCCCGCUUUCCGUCAUCAUGAGGCUCCAAAACCCAUACUAUGCUGCGGCAGCCAGCAGAUACGCCCCUGUCCCAAUGGGAGAGUCCCAGCAAGGGAUCUUUCACCAACAUCUUCCCCUGCCCCGAGAGUACCUGCGGCAAAAUCAGACACCUCAACCUCAGCAACCUCUAAGACAACCUCCCUACUAUAGAGAAGUACUCCACCCUGGAGAUGUUGAUGCUGAGCUUGAGAGACCGGUCAAAACAGAAGGCCCUGUGUAUUCGAAUGACCAACGCAUGAAACCAGAAGAAGAGGUUAACGUGGAGGAUACAGAGAUGCCUCCUCGCCCUCUCAGCCCCACACGUCUGCAGCCCGUGGUAGCCCCACAGGCAGAGUUGGACACUUACCUGGAUGAGGUGAUGCGUAUCCGGGCCGAGUUCCCCAGGGCUCUGAAGAAACGCGGCUCAGUCGAAAUUCCUCAGACCCUGUACAACCUGCCUGUUUCCCAGCCCAACCACUACAAGCAAAUGAUCAAUAAGCUGUUUCACAGGAAGACCAUCCGUAUCAAGGAAGAACCAGCUGCUGAAAGUAGCAGCUCUUCAGAUGGGGAAGAGAGUUCCAGAUCUGCUGUAGCUAUGGAUCCAGUACCAGUCACAGAGAUACAGGUCUCUUCUGAACAGAAGGGCAUUCACUCUAUCUUACGGAAGGGCAGCAAAGCCAAUAAAUCCUCCAGUCGUAGGGCUCACCUGAACCCACUGGUGCUGAUGUUGGAUGGGUCCUUAGUAGGAGAGUUAGAAACUGUGCAGAGGGCUGCACAGGAGGUGAGUGACCCAAGCCAGGCUAAUGAUGAAGGCAUCACAGCCCUUCACAAUGCCAUCUGUGGUGGACACUUCCCUGUGGUGGAGUUCCUCGUGCGGAUAGGGGCUAACGUUAGUACUCCAGACAGCCACGGCUGGACACCCUUGCAUUGUGCUGCAUCCUGUAAUGACCGGCAAAUGUGUGAGUUUCUGGUGCGGAAUGGAGCAGCGGUGAUGGCUGUAACAGACAGUGAUGGGGCCACAGCAGCACAGAAGUGUGACCCCUUCGCCCCUGGCUUCGAGGAGUGUGAGAGCUUCCUGAGAGGUGUGGAGGAAGCUAUGGGUGUAGAGAACAGUGGGGUGGUGUAUGCUCUAUGGGGAUAUCCUGCCCAGGGUCCAGACGAACUGAGCUUCAAAGAAGGAGACAUGGUGACCAUCCUGCAGAAGCCUGAAGGAGUGGACUGGUGGUGGGCUUCACUGUGUGGCAGAGAGGGCUUCGUACCAAACAACUACUUUGGCCUUUUUCCGAAAGUGCGGCCUAAGUCACUCUGCUGAACGCAUCCACGAGCAAAGAAGACAAUAACGAUCAAUGCAUCUGAAUCAUGCCGGCCAAGUCCAAAUGCAGGUUUCACAUGUGUGUUUGAAUAUGUGAGUUUUUCCCUCUUAUUCCUUACCUUUAAGUUGUGUUUAAUGAACAGCUAGGAUGGCAUUUGAAAAACGUGCACUGUACAACUUUGGAGUGUUUUUUGAAUGUCAAUUCAGUUUUCUCAUUAGACCACCAUGACAGUCACUUCACUGGGAAUAGUGGAUUUAUAUUGACUUUACCAAUGGAAAAAGUGUCAGUAAAAAUUUUGCUUGCAAGUCAGAGCAUUCUACCUAUUUUAUGUGAGGGAUACAGUUUCAUCGUAUGAGUAAACUGAACUGGACUUGAUGCAUAAACGCAUAAAAGUCUCAGAAUUUGUUUGCUCGGAAAGGUUCAUUCUCUGUCUUGACUCGUGUUUUUUAGCACUGAGCAGGAAGGACAGAAAUUCAUCAGUCUGUCAGUAUUGCUUUUGUUUAUGCAUACUUUGCAUGUUAGUUGCAUAGAUACAAAAAUGCUUUUUAGAGCUGUAUUUGAAUAACUGGUCUCCUAACUCGGCUUCGGAUUAUUUACAGUAUUCCACACCAAAACGUUAGCCUUUUUUAUGUAACUUUUAAACUUGUUUUUCCUGUCUCUGUUUUCAUAGUGAUCUUUAUGUAGUAUGAAAUAUGAACAAAAGUUUUCUUCUCAAAACAAUGUACUCUCCA